UCAUCUUAUCUCAUCCCUUUUUAUCGAACUAGACUUUCAUUCAGACCCGCGGCACUAAAGAGUGGGAAAGAAAACGGAUCGCUUGAAGAUCGAUCUUCAAUUCCCACCACGCAUCUGGGCCCGAAAGACCACACCCCCACCACGCAGUGCAUUGUGGAGCAUGACUCAAGGCCUAGAUACACACAACCCUUAGGCAGGCGGGACGUAAGGGGAGGUCAGCGGUCAAGGCUUCGGCCACAGCUUAGAGAUGCAGUCGGCUCGGAUAACUCCGAGCGUGGGGCGGCAGCUGCUGCGGCUGGGGGCCCGAAGCUCGCGACCUACUGUGCUUCUGGGGCAGCACCGGCCUACCUCUGCCCAGAGACUUUAUGCCAGCGAGGCUGUUCAGGACAAGCCAGAUACCCUCUCCUCCGAUGCUUCCACCAAAGAAAAAACAGCCAAGGCGGAAUCUAAGUCCUUUGCUGUGGGAAUGUUCAAAGGCCAGCUCACCACCGAUCAGGUGUUCCCAUACCCAUCUGUGCUCAAUGAAGAACAGACACAAUUUCUCAAAGAGCUGGUGGGACCAGUGGGCAGGUUCUUUGAGGAAGUGAAUGAUCCUGCCAAAAACGACUCCUUGGAGCAGGUGGAGGAGAAGACUUUGCAGGGCCUCAAGGAACUGGGGGCAUUUGGUCUGCAAGUACCCAGUGAGCUGGGUGGUUUGGGCCUCUGCAAUACCCAGUAUGCUCGCUUGGCAGAGAUCGUGGGCAUGCAUGACCUUGGUGUUAGCGUUACCCUGGGAGCUCAUCAGAGCAUCGGUUUCAAAGGCAUCUUGCUCUAUGGCACAAAGGCCCAGAAAGAAAAAUACCUCCCCAAAGUGGCAUCUGGGCAGGCGGUGGCGGCUUUCUGCCUAACAGAGCCCUCGAGUGGGUCAGAUGCAGCCUCCAUCAGAACCUCAGCUGUACCCAGCCCCUGUGGAAAAUAUUAUACUCUCAAUGGAACGAAGAUUUGGAUCAGUAAUGGAGGCAUCGCAGAUAUUUUCACUGUCUUUGCCAAGACACCAAUUAAAGAUGCAGCCACAGGGGCCGUGAAAGACAAGAUCACAGCUUUUGUGGUGGAAAGGGGCUUCGGAGGUGUUACCCAUGGGCUCCCUGAAAAGAAGAUGGGUAUCAAAGCAUCUAACACAGCAGAAGUGUACUUUGAUGGAGUAAAGGUACCAUCAGAGAAUGUUCUAGGAGAGGUGGGAAGCGGCUUCAAGGUUGCCGUGAAUAUCCUCAACAAUGGAAGAUUUGGGAUGGCUGCAACCCUAGCAGGCACCAUGAAAGCCAUCAUUGCAAAGGCGGUUGACCAUGCUACUAACCGCACCCAGUUUGGGGACAAAAUUUACAACUUUGGGAUGAUCCAGGAAAAGUUGGCUCGGAUGGCAAUUCUGCAGUAUGUGACUGAGUCCAUGGCUUACAUGCUGAGUGCCAACAUGGACCGGGGAUUCACAGACUUCCAGAUAGAGGCCGCCAUCAGCAAAAUCUUUGGCUCGGAGGCAGCCUGGAGAGUAACAGAUGAGUGUAUCCAAAUAUUGGGGGGCAUGGGUUUCAUGAAGGAACCUGGGGUAGAGCGUGUGCUCCGAGAUACUCGAAUCUUCCGGAUCUUUGAAGGGACAAAUGACAUUCUUCGAUUGUUUGUGGCUCUGCAGGGCUGUAUGGACAAAGGAAAGGAACUCACUGGGCUUGGCAAUGCCCUAAAGAAUCCUCUUGGGAAUGUUGGCCUCCUGAUAGGAGAAGCAGGCAAACAGCUGAGGCGGCGGACAGGACUUGGGAGUGGUUUGAGUCUCUCCGGGGUUGUCCACCCAGAGUUAAGUCACAGUGGUGAACUGACAGUGCAGGCUCUGGAGCAAUUUGCCACUGUAGUGGAGGCCAAGCUGAUGAAACACAAGAAAGGGAUCGUCAAUGAACAGUUCCUGCUGCACCGGCUGGCAGAUGGAGCCAUUGACCUCUAUGCCAUGGUGGUGGUUCUCUCCAGAGCUUCAAGAUCCCUGAGUGAGGGCCACCCCGAAGCACAGCAUGAGAAAAUGCUCUGUGACAGCUGGUGUAUUGAGGCUGCAGCACGGAUCCGAGAAAACAUGGCUAACCUGCAAUCCAACCCUCAGCAGCAGCAGCUCUUCCGUAACUUCAAAAGCAUCUCCAAGGCCAUGGUGGAUAGUGGUGGCGUGGUGACCAGCAACCCCCUUCGAAUCUGAAUACACCCAGUCAGGCUCUAGCAUCUAAGUUAUGUGCCUUCCCUUAUGCCAAAACACAGGCCCCCUUUAUGGGGCCCCAAUAAGUGUUUGUUCUCUGGAUUCUUUACUGCCUUAAGAACAAUAAACUUUCUAACAAGCCA